AUGAGUUGGGCAGAGCUAGAAGAAAGCCUGUUAGAGGUUUCCCGAACUAGGGCGGCCCAAGCGGUGGUGGCUGAUGCUUGCCGCUGCGGUUCUGAUGAUGAAGUUUCCAGUGUGUCCAACAAGAGUCACAAGAGUUCACCAUACUUCCAAGGGAGUUUGUCCAACACAGUGAAAGAGAAUGGAUAUCAAAUGCCCUUGUCAGCGCCGUGGUGGGCAAAACUGUUUCCACUUCAUACUGCCCACCUGUUGCCCCAGAGUGGACUGCAGCAGUUUAGAGCAGCGAGUCCCUUGAAGUUGGUUUCCGGGUGCACGGCUAGUUUCGCAGAAGCUGCAGUGCUGAAGGCGUUUGGGAUCAACUUUCGCUGCUUGUCGUGCUCUGAGCCCACAGAGAAGUUUCGCGAAUUCGCUUUGGCGAACCAUAGUGAUGUGAUCCAAUGCUUUUAUCGCACCAUGGGUGAACAAAGCUUGCAAAAGACUUGUGCACUUCACACAGAGUCCACCUGCUCUUCCCAACGCAGCCCGGAGCAAGCUGAUCUCCUGGUGUUUGGGACCCCUUGUCCACCCUUUAGCACACAGAGACCAGACCGAAUGAAACGCAGUUCUGAUGACGUUGUGAAAUCCCACCGCCUGUACACAGUGACUUUUGAGGAAAGCCUGGCACUGUUAGAAUCUGUGGAGCCGAAAGCGGCUAUCUUGGAGCAAGUAUCAGGUUUCGGUAUGGCAGCGCAUGACAUGGACACCUCCUCUCCGAAAGACAGGUUUUUGGGCUUGUUGAUGAACCGCAAGUGGAAGCAUGGUGGAUACCACGUUGUCACGAUGCUUUUGGACAACAUCAUUUGGGUGAAGCAGCACCGUCUCAGUUCCUCCAAGAAGCGAGUUGGCUCUGGACGUCCUGUAGGUGAUCUCCAUGGAGGUGGCCUUGACCAAGGGGAAGGUCCUGUGACAUGGGAUGACUUUCUCCGGCAGAAACUUCCUCCAAUUGAAGCCGUGCCAGUGGCGGUGGGUGGCGAAGCGCCUGCAGAUGAUGAUAGAGAAGAUGAUGACCUCGGAGGUUUGGUGAGCCUCCAAGCUCCUGUCCAGUCAGAUGGCGGGGUUGAAUUUGUGGAUCGCGACUGGGUCAAGAUCAUCAAAUCUUUGAAGCAAAAGUUUAUUGCUUGGAUCAAGUCAAGUUCUUCCUCCCAAAUCUCUUUGGCUGGCAGGUUGGUUGUGAUGCGGCUUUCCAUGGAUCCCUUGGUCCGUUUGAUGCAUACGUUUCUUGAAUUAGCAGGGCGAAAGUGGGAGGAACAGCAAGAAGCCAAAGCAGCUGCGGGGCAGCCGCGCAGUUACAGAGUUCUGGAGGCAUGCCGGGGCGAAGAUGCGAACAACUUUUGCCAAGACCUGGGAAGAAGUCACCACACCAUCCCCGUAGCUCUGCCACUGAAAGACAUGAAUUUGGCAAGCCGAAAUUUGUUUUUCCGCUUGUUGUCUCGAGCAGGGUGCAAUCUACCAGUUACACUGCUCCCGUCUAGGAAGGGUUGCCCAGUGAUGUUGUUCUCUUGCCUUCUCGACGGGGAUGCCGCGACGCUGUUUUAUCAACAAAGGAAGUGCCUUCAUGAUUCCUUGACAGCAGCGUUUGUGCAUUCUUUUCCAACGGCAGAAGCUGCUCUGUCCCCAACUGGCAAGGACAUUUUGUUGUCCCUCGCUCUGAUCAUUGACAUGGACAUCAGCCAAAUUGAGGCAAAGCAUGCUGCUGUUCGGCGAAUUGUCAAAGCUCGAUCACUGCAAACUUGUGGCAUGCAGUUGGAAGAUUUGUCUUGUGACUUUUUGCUGAGACAGAACGCCGCAGAUUUUGUGCGUGUGUGUGGCAGAAAUGUUUUUGAAGGAGAAGGUCAACAGAAGAGAAAACGAAAGAAAAAAAUGCGAAAAGUGAGAAAGGAUGGAAAGAUCAGAAAACGGCCAGUCCCUGGUCCUUUCAAAACUUAUCUCCACCUGACAAAGCAGGGUAUCCAAUGGAAGGAUGGCGCAAUGACUAAGUUUGCUGAAGAAUACCGGUCUUUGCCUCCAGAGGAAAAGGCCCACUUCGAGCACGUAGCCGCAGCUGCUGCGUUGAGCGUGGAGCAUGGACACGCUCCCUUUGGUGCCAAGCCGGGUUCUUCUGACCGUGCCCUUGCCCUUCCAUCGGCCAAUACAGUUGAGUUGGCGCUAGUCCGUGCCAAAGAGGAAGCUGCAACUGUGAGAGCUCGUGCGCUUGAGGAGGCAGCGCAUGUGAAUGCAACCCUACAAGCCUUUGACCAAGUGCACCAUGACAGCAUGUCUGCCAUGUUCACUGCGUUGUUGGGCCAAGAUUUCCACAGAUGCAUUGCUGGCCCUUUGGCUGCUUUUGAUAUUCACCUUCCAGCUGACGCGCUCUACUGUGAAGUUUUGGAGAAGCAUUGGCAAACUUCAGCCGCUGCCACGGCCUGCACGGGAUCCAUUUCAAGUUCGCUCCAAAAUUCGUGGACUGAGCGUCAUGAGUUGCUCCAACACGCAGAUGCUGUGCCUUUGCAAGACACAGGUACACGGUUCCAACCAGCCACUUGCUGCGAGCUUGGGAUUUGCAUUUGCCCUGAAGGUCCCUACUUCCAAGCUUAUCAGUUUUGGAGCAACAUCAAAUUUUUCUUGAAGCCGUUCAUGCAGAAGCCCCGCGCCAAGAAAGACGCACAUGGACGACCGCAGAAAAAAAGUCCUCUUCCUGCAGCAAGAGUUCUUGUAGCCAAUGGAGAGCUAGUUCUUCGACUGGAUUGCCUCCGGGUGGUGCUGGUGCCUAUGGCCGAAGGUUCAUCAUGGGCAACCUUGGGUCUCCAGAAUUUGGCCAGAGAAGCUAUGAAAAGGGAAUUCCAUUCAAGUGAAGAGUUCAAGGCUGUCGUGGAAGACUUGCUGCGACCAGAGGCAGCUUGUGUUGAGACUGCUUGGUUUCACGUUGGCUACUGCAACUUCAAGACUUGGCACUUGGGCUUGUUGCCUUUGGACCCUGUGCGUACAUACGAAUCAGAUGGCGAAGAGAUUCAAGUCCUUGCUGUGCCUGCCGUUCCGAGCCCACAGCGGUGCUUCGAAGCUUUCAGCUCUCUGGACUUGGAAUUUCCAAUCGUCAUGUCCUGGCACUGCAUGCGUGGUGGCGACAGGCAACUGGCAGCAGCUGAAAUGGCCCCGAACGAGAUCGAAGUCACCUCCCUUCCUGACAAAAUUUUCCCUCGCUGCCGUGUGUGGCGCGGAUCGGAGCAAGAGGAGGUGGCAAGAAAGACAAAACCGACCAAGCCAUCCAGAGGAAAGGGAACCAGAAGGCCCAGAGUAGCCCAGAAUAGUUCAGAUGGGCAAGGGCAAGGCAAAAAACGACAGAGAAAGGAAGACUUAUGUGCGUCAGAGCCGCAGCCGCCUCUCCAUGAUUUGCAUGUUUUGGAGGCGGCCUCGCAAGGAGCAAUCGAACCUGCAGAUGAAUGGGAGAUUGACCCUUUGCAGGACUUUGACGAAGUCUUUGACGCAGAUGAGGCAGACGACUCUUCUGAAGAAGAUGAGGAAGAAGAUCUAGAAGAGGCUUUGGAGGAACAAGUUGGCAAUUGGCUAGAUUUUCUUGAUGGCUUUGAAGAGCAAAGCGCAGACCCGCACGGCCGUGACCGAGGCCCAGCGGCUAGUGAAGCAGCUAGUGGCGAAAACGAAGAAGGUUCAAAGCUUGAACCACACCAGCCCGCAGAAGCAGCGGCGGCAGAUGAUGGCGCUGCAGCAGGCAGUAAGAAUGCCAUGGGCCCAGAACCGGAUUCAGAUUCAGACACUUCUUCUUCCACAUCAGGGGAUUCCAGCAGUGAUGAGCGGGAUCAGAUAGCUCCACACUCCAGAAUUGCUACCGUGCCAGAAGACAUCAUCAAGUUGGGCGAGUUUGGUGAGAUCAGGUAUAACCACACCAGUCAGCAGUUUCGCGCGCACUGCUCAAACCCUUCCCAUGGACAGUGUCGGAAGACACGCACUUCCAAAGCUGGCCGCCUUGCUGGCCAGGGUCGCCCUUUGGGGUUCCUCAUGCAGUGGCUUUGUUGCGCAGCAGGGGUAGAGGACCAGAAGACACAUAUGUCAAUGAAUAGGUUUCCUCUCCCGGAUCGGUCUGCGGCUCGGGCCCGCUUCACUGAGUUUCAUGAUAGCGAUAUGUUUUUUGGCUUUGAGCGAGAACGUCGCCCUGGUGAACCGGAAGAACCGGAACAGUAUUACUUUUUGUUCCUGCGUGCUGACCUCUUCACAAUCCAAGAUGCCCACCAUGCAGACGCAAUUGUCAAGGCAGCGAUCCAAGCAGGGCAAAAUGAUUUGACUCCAAAGCCAGUGCGGGAAGUUCUGCUAACCGAGCUAGAGAGAAAGGCUUUUGUCCAGGAGGCUUUAUGCUAUCAUGUUCUCCCGGUGCAAGAUGGUGAGCAGCCCACUGGCAAGAUCCCUUGCGCAAAUACAAUUUUCACACUGGCUGAGCAGGGGCGGGAGGAGGGAAAGGCUUUUCCUGCUUUGCAGUCUCCUUGCGCUUUCUGGCAGGGACAGCCGGGGUUGGUGAAUGUCAGCUUGCAUUCGGUGCCAAAAUUUGCGGAUGUGGAGAGGAGCCUUGCAUGUCUGGCUGGCGACGGUUUCCUUCGCCGAGCUUCGUUAGCGGGGAAAAAGAUUUUAGGUUUCGAUUCCUUGUGUGGGCUGCAGGAGAUUCGCGCCAGGCGCGAGAAACGAUCACGGAGGGAUGAAGGCGCUGUGCUCUUUGGAGUGCCUGCCACUGAUCGGGUCAAGGAUCUCUUAGAUUGCAUUGUGGCUCAGAAAGGCCGAGAUGGAGACGUGAAUCUGUCAGCACAGAAAGCUUGCCAAAAGGUGAAAAGUCAGGUGUUUUUGAAGCAUUCCAGACGUGUUCUGACUGCGUGCCCUGCCCUUGUCGCCGUGAAUCCUGAAGACAAGCAGGCCAAUGUGCUUUGGGCGGAGACCAAUGCCCGCGGACAGCCAGUUGGAGAUGGGUGUGACAAUUGUGUGUCCGGGUUGCUCGAGCUCUACCCCGAAUUGACAUGGUGCCAGUGCUGCAAGAGGAUGCAAUCUGAUCCAGAGUUCAGGUCAGAGUGCAAAGGAGCUGUCAAAAUGAGACUUGCCUCAGCGGAAACAUUUGCCGGCCGCCAGUUUCAUCCAGACAGCGAAGUCUUGCAAGACCAGGCAACAGGCCAGAUGACAUUCCUAGAUGUGGCUGUGCUGACUGAAUCCGACUUCACCCGAAUCUUUAAGGUGAGUUCCAAGUCGCUGGGCUACAAGAAGGAGCACCAAGUGAAUUUUGUGAACGAAGAAGGCAAGAGUCAGCAGGGAUUCUACGUGGGCUUGCAAGCUUUUCUACGACCUGAGUGGCAGCUGACACAGCAGCAAGGUGUGAACCUCUACAAUUUCUACAAGAACAGAGAAAUUGAUGAGCGCGGCAAAGGAAUCAAGAGCACGGAGAGGCCGCACUUGAAGCAUUUCAAUGAUUUACAAGACGUUGCAGCCGGACUUGAAAGGAAGCGACUGGAGCAAGAAGCAGCAGCUGCUGCCCAAGAUGAUGAGAUGCCGGAAGAUGAUUUUGCGUGUCCUGAGGCAGAGGAUCUUGACCAAAUCAUGCAAAACUUGGGGGAUGAUGACCAGCCAGUGCCAAAGAGAAAAGCGGCCCCUGGAGUGGCCAGAGCUGCUGGCUCUGCAGCGAUUGAGAAAAAGCCGAAAGAGAAAAGGCGAGAGGGCAAGAGCUCCACCGGUGCCGCAGAGAUCGCUGUCGCGAGCGUCGAGAUGGAAGCGCUGAAAGAGAAGGACAUGGAGAUGCUCAAGGUUGCGCAGGGUCUGGGGCAACUUGCAGAAUGUCUCACGAAACUUUCCGUCCAGGACAUCUUGCAGGGGCAGAAGAGAGGGUCUUCUCAAUGGUCUGCCAAAGAGAAGGUCCUGCCCAGGCUUGAAGGGAAGAGGCAGUAUGACAUCUUGGAGAAGCGGCUUGCGGAGUGCGAAGCUGCUGACAAGCUUUGCGGCUGCGACAUGUCCACCAUUGCGGAGAGGGACUUGGUUGCCUUGCUUCAAGUUUUCGAUGGCGCAGACAACAUCGCACUGCCUUUCUCAAUUCGCGCGCGCUUGGUUGAACGCAAUGCCAUGGACAUCUGCACAGGCAUCGCCCAUUGUGCCGACGACUUGCUAGGAGAUUGCACCAAGUUUGCCCAGACAGUCCUUCCGCUCAAGUUGCAAGAUGCUUCUUUCGAUAUGUUCUCUGCCACGUUCACCAGUGUUCUGGCAGAGGAGCUGGAGAAAGCAGACGAUGAGCCCGAAGAGUUUCACCAAUGGGUCCCAGCUGGCGAGAAGCAGAUUGGAGAAGAAUCUGUGACUGCAAAGGAGAAGUACAAGCCUGACUGGGAGGCAGUUGCUUCAAACAUGAUUGAAUCAUUUGCCAAUGACUCGCUGUGCCGGCUGAUCAAAAGUGGCACUUCCAACAAGGACCGUCUUCAGGCUCUCGUAGAGGCUGUGCUGAAUAACAGGGACAUGGUCGGGCUCCCCAAAGCCUUCAAUCCUGACAGCAUGCCUGAACCUGUUCAAAGUGCUUGCAAGUCUGUGAUGGACGCUGCGCAGUUGAUCUUGUGCAUUCUCAACCCGGCCAGUCUGGUGUCCUUGGAGGCCUACAACGAUCUGCUGACCAGGAAAGGCAAAAACCCCUUGAAAAGCUCUUUGAAGCUUCCAUUGGAAACCGGAUACCGACAAGAAAUUGAUGAUAUCUUACGCACCGCCACCAAGUCCCAGCUACUCAUCCCAGAAAUAGAAAAGUACACGCAUGCCUUGAAGAUCGGCCAGGGACAAGACACGGAUUUUGAGUUGCUAUCCGACAUAUCGAAGAAGUUGCCAGAGUACAAGUCACAGCUGCGGCCGGGCGCCACUGCGGCGCUGGAAAUGGCUUUGCUGCAGCACUUGCUUCAGGCUUCCAAGUUCAUGGUGACCUACGAUAUGUCUUCGCAGCAGCCCGUCCCAUUUCGCCAGCCAGACAUCGAUUUGGUGAUGGCCGGCCUCAAGCUGUUUGAAAAGGAGCUUUCAGCGGCUGAGCAGCUGCUUGCAAUGAGCACGUGGAAGACUUCUGCGCGAAAGCAGCUGGCCCGGAACAAUCUCCAAGACUUGUGCAGGCAGCUGCAGAACAAGUCCGAGGUGAACAUGGUUGAUUUGAGGUGGGCAUUGGCGGCAGCGGAAUGUAAAUUCAACAAGGACUUGCUUGAUGGUGAGCGACCUCCCCUUCAAAAAGACAUGAUCCAGGCUCUACCCGCACUCCUCAAAUGGUUGAAGGUUGCGGGCCAUGUGGCCACUGCUGAUGGAAGUCUGGCAGCUAUGCCCGCCAACGUGGACGCAGUGGAGAGCUUUGUGAAGUCAUGCGGACAUCCCAUGCACGACUGGCUUCAGAAGCAGCUGUUGGUGGUGCGCUUGGGAUUGGCAUUCCGAAAAGAGCAGGCACAGUGGGAAAGCCUCGGCCGUGACGUCAGUGCCCGUAUCUCCCGUGACACAAAGCACGUGUCGUUGGCACAGAUGUUGCAGAGCUUGCAGAACUUCCGUGUUGCUGUGAAAGCCGCGGCCUCCUACAGGGCCCAAACCUUGGAGGCGCAGCUUUCCCAGAAGGGCAUCUCGUCAGAGGACCCCGUGGCAGCUUUGAGCUUCCACACCUCAUUCACGCUGCAAUUGGACGACUUCUAUGAUGCUGUGCGCUUGACUUCAGCGAACUUCAUCCGCAAGAUGGACCAGAUGAAGACAGAUAUGGACGCCAAAACCAAAGGCCUCACCGACCCAAAUGCACCGGAGUGGUGGAGACAUGGCUUGGCUGACGGUUGCAGCUUCGAGGACAUCAAGGCCGCGACCCGCACAAAGUUGAAGCAGUUGCCUGGUGGUACUGUGAAGACGCUUCACGACAAGCACCACCAGGAAAUGAUGCCAAUGGAUGCUUUCAUCAACAUGUUCAAGAAGGAUGCUGCUGACCACGCUCCUGAGCUGGAAGAGUUGAAUGUGGCAUUGACUGGUUACAAGGACACUUUGGUGCAGGUUCGGGCCACGUUGCGCGAAGGGAUUAUGAUGCUGGCACUUUCCUCCAACUCAGUGUCCAGGGCGCAGGCAUUGCUGCGAGAUGAGCUGGGUGAGAUUGCGGGUGGCAAGGUGGAUGAUUGCAACCACCUCGACAUUUUGCCUCUCUUGGCUGGGACGCUGAGCAAAGUGAAACUCCGCAUCACACGUCGUGAGCAAAAGGAUGUGUUUGUUGCAAACCACUU